AUGGGCGAGGAGCAGAGCACGGUGAGCGGCGGCGGCGGGCCCCAGGAGGCGCGGGGCCCGGACGGGGGCUCCGCGGGCCACCCUGAGUCCCCGAGGCCGCGGGGGGACAGCGCCGGGGCUCCCGGGCCGCUCGGCGACUCCUCGGAGUCGAGCGGCGGCGGCUGCGGAAGCGACUCAAGCUGUGCGGACACAAGCGCCCCGGAGCCCACGAGGAGCCGGGGAGCGCCCGAGUGGAGGAAGAGCCAAGCACUCGGGCAGCCCGCGGGACUGGCACUCACCGGGCCCCUCAAUCCCCAGACUUUGCAACUGCAGCUGAAGCAGGAGGAAGAGGAGGAGGAAGCUGGGGACAGAAAAGAGAGAGGGGAUGAACAGCAGGAGGCGUCCCCCAGGGAGGAGACGGAGCCCAGGACCCACGCCGUGGCUCCCGAUGGAGUGGUCUUGGACGUGCUGGGUCAGCGGCGCCUGCCCCCAGCCAAGAGACAAGUCUUUUGCUCUGUGUACUGCGUGGAGAGCGACCUGCCGGAGGUCCCCACCGCCGAGAAGCUCUCGCCACCGGCAUCGCCACUUGGGGCUCCGCAGGUGCCCAACACCUCCAACCCCCAGUCCUCCUUCCCCAGCCCCAGGCUGUCACUCCCAGCUGACCCCCUUUCCCCCGACGGCGGCAGCAUCGAGCUGGAGUUCUACCUGGCGCCCGAGCCAUUCUCUGUGCCGGGCCUGUUAGGAGCUCCACCCUACUCUGGCCUGGGCGGGGUAGGUGAUCCCUAUGCGCCCCUCACGGUGCUGAUGUGCCGGGUGUGCCUGGAAGACAAACCCAUCAAGCCCCUGCCCUGCUGCAAGAAGGCCGUGUGCGAUGAGUGCCUCAAAGUCUACCUGAGCUCCCAGGUACAACUUGGCCAAGUAGAAAUCAAAUGCCCUAUCACAGAGUGCUUUGAAUUCCUGGAAGAAACAACUGUUGUCUAUAAUUUAACACAUGAAGACUCCAUCAAGUAUAAGUACUUCUUGGAACUUGGCCGCAUUGAUUCCAGCACCAAGCCGUGUCCUCAGUGCAAGCACUUUACAACCUUUAAGAAAAAAGGACAUAUUCCCACCCCUUCAAGAUCAGAAAGCAAAUAUAAAAUCCAGUGCCCCACUUGCCAAUUCAUCUGGUGUUUCAAGUGCCACUCUCCUUGGCAUGAAGGUGUUAACUGCAAGGAGUACAAAAAAGGAGACAAACUGUUGCGUCACUGGGCCAGCGAGAUCGAGCAUGGGCAGAGGAAUGCCCAGAAGUGUCCAAAGUGCAAGAUCCACAUCCAGAGAACUGAAGGAUGUGACCACAUGACCUGUUCACAGUGUAACACUAAUUUUUGUUAUCGAUGUGGGGAGAGAUACCGCCAGCUCCGGUUUUUUGGAGACCACACAUCAAACCUCAGUAUAUUUGGAUGCAAAUAUCGCUACCUCCCAGAGAGACCUCAUUUAAGGAGAUUAGUGAGAGGGUCAGUCUGUGCUGGAAAAUUAUUCGUUGCACCUCUAAUCCUGGUCUUGGGAUUAGCACUAGGGGCCAUAGCAGUUGUAAUUGGUUUAUUUGUAUUUCCUAUCUAUUGCCUUUGUAAGAAACAGAGAAAGCGAUCAAGGACAGGUAUGCAUUGGUAAAAUGCAGGUGAUCUCACCCCACUAAGCUGGUCCCAGGAGGAGCUGUGCAAGAUGGCACACCAUCUGUGAGUUCUACCCUGAAAACACUGCGAGGAACCUUCUGCAUCUCGUCUCCCCAUGGCUCUCUGCAAGCCACAAUGCCUCUGGCUACCGGUGCACUCCCAAUAUGGUAUCCUGUCCUUACCCUAAACAAAUUGCUGCUUUAAAAAAAAAAAAUGGUCACUUUCAUAAACUAUAAACAUCUGUAUCAUAUCUCUGACCUUUGUGUUUCUUGGAAGAAAAUAUUUUAACUAAGGACUGGUUUUCCUCAGAAUUGUUCUGAGGGUGCCUCUUCUGAGCAUUGCUUGGAUUGUCUUUGAACCCUAAACCUCCCUCCAGCCUAUCUGUGGGACUUGGUGUGAAUAGCUAAGGUCCUGUCUGUCCCAAUAAGCAAGGUCACUUUUCAGAAGAUACAAGUUCACUGAUGGCAUCUGUUUUCAUCUGUGACUCAAACAGUGUAAUUCCUUUAUCUUUCAGAUACUGUAAUUGCUAAAACUCUCAGUGCCCAAAAGGGAAAUAAUGAAACUAAAUUAAUGAGAAGAAUUAUGAGUUAAUGAAGUGUAUAUGUGUAGGAGUGUGAAUGUGUAUAUAUAAAUAUAUGUUAAAACUAGGCCCAGUAA